AUGGUUCAUUACACUAGGUUUGUGCAGGUUGGAAGAGUCGUAUUUAUUACGCACGGCCCCUUCGAAAAGAAAAUAGCUGUGAUUGUGGAUAUUAUUGACCAGAAUCGAGUUCUUAUUGACGGGCCAUGCUCUGGUGUUCCUCGUCGCCCCAUCAAUAUUAAAAGGUUACAUUUAACCAAAAUUGUGAUGAAACUCCCUCACAAAUGUGGGACUCAUGGUGUAGCAGAUCUCUGGCAUCGUCAGAAGGUUGACAGGCAAUGGAACAAAACGAAGUGGGCCCGCAAACUUGAGAAAAAAAGAAUUCGUGCAAGCCUAAAUGAUUUUCAAAGGUUCCAAGUAAUGGUUGCCCGCAAAAAGGUAGGUUUUUUAUUAACAUUGUCUGUGAUGAAUCGAAGAGCCGUCUGUCUCAUGCAAAACCGUGUAAUCAGCGGAUUCCGAAUGCGGAAAUCAACUCUGGGAACUUUGGCGAAAAUGCGACCAAAGAAGGCCUCAAAUUGA